CUUCUCUGUUUCUUUCUCCAGGCAUCAUGUCUUCCGGUGGAGAUAAGAAGGCUGCCUCUCAGACCGACGGCAAGGCCGCCCAGACCAAGAAGUCCGACAUGGGCAUGGGCGUGAUGGCCUACAAGAUGUACGUGUUUGACCAGGAGAACUUCCAGGGUCGCAUGAUUGAGAUCAACGCCGAGUGCAUGAAUGUGUGUGAAAUGGGAAUGGACAAAGUUCGCUCUCUGCGUGUGGAGUGCGGCCCCUUCGUGGGCUGGGAACAGAUGAACUUCUGUGGAGAGAUGUACAUCCUGGAGAAGGGUGACUACCCCCGCUGGGACUCCUGGAGCAACUGCCAGAAGAACGACUACCUGCUGUCCUUCAGACCCGUCAGAAUGGACCCCGAGAAGCACAAGAUCUGCUUGUAUGAGGUGGGCGACUUCAAGGGCCGUAAGAUGGAGAUCAUGGACGAUGACGUUCCCAGCCUGUACUCCUACGGCUUCACCGACAGAGUGGGCAGCAUCAUCGUCAGCUGUGGAACCUGGGUGGGCUACCAGUACCCCGGUUACCGUGGCAGCCAGUACCUGCUGGAGAAGGGCGACUACAGACACUUUAACGAGUACGGCGCUCGCUGCCCUCAGAUGCAGUCCAUGAGGCGCAUCCGCGACAUGCAGUGGCACCCACACGGCUGCUACACCAUGGCCAGCAAGUGAGGGCCGGGCCAGGAGCGGAAGAGACGGACCGGAGGAGAAGCAGAGGGGCGCCGGAGGAAGGAGAGGAGGAGAGACGUCUGAGGCCAAACGCGCCUCUCUGACCGGGACGGACCAUACCAAGCUCCUGCACAGAUAAAAAUAGGGGAGAGGGUGCUUAGGGGUGACAGACUCUCAGGCUCACACGGGACAUCCCGCUGUACGUUUCUACUGGAGCCUUUUUAAGCUCCCGGGCCUCUACAUGUCUGUUUGUGGAGCG